CCGGCGGUGGGAAAGGGGCGAAGCCGGCGCCGGGCCCUGACCGGGACGUCGUGAGGCGUGUCAGCUCCCUGCGAAGGAGGGAAGGCGAGCGGCCGAACCGGGAAGGGCCUGAGUCGCAGGCCCGAGGGUCAGCCAUCGCGGAAGCGGGCUGCGGCCGGGAGGAAUGGUGCGGGGAGGCGCCGGGAAGGAGGCGCCGUCCGUCCCGGUAGGGGCAGUGAAUGCGGUUCUCCGCCCGGGCCGGCCCGGGGGCUGCACGCCGCGGGUCCCAGCAUGAGUGCGGGCCCCGGCUGUGAGCCCUGCACCAAGCGACCUCGCUGGGCUGCCGCGGGAGCUGCUGCGUCGGUUGCCUCGGACUCCCGGCGCUUUCCCCGCAGGCAGAGGCGCAUCUUCGACCCCAGGGACGCCCGGGUGCAGUUCAGGGUCUCGCCGUCCUCGCCAGGCUUGGGCCGAAGGCGGGCGGAACAGCGCAGAGGCAACGCCAUCUCCCUUGUUUUUAGACAAAAGACUAUUACCAGUUGGAUGGACACUACAGGAAUCAAGACAACUGAAUCAGAAAGUUUGCAUAGUAAAGAAAACAACAAUACAAUAAUAGAAUCCAUGAUGAGUUCUGUACAAAAAGAUAACUUCUACCAACAUAACGUGGAAAAAUUAGAGAAUGUUUCUCAGAUAAGUGUUGAUAAAUCACCAACUGAAAAAAGUACACAAUAUUUGAACCAGCAACAGACCACAGCUAUGUGUAAGUGGCAAAAUGAAGGGAAACAGACAGAAGGGAAAUGUGAACCUCUGCCAGCAACUCUGGUUCCAGAGCAGUUUAGUAAUGCUAAUGUUGAUGAGUUGCCACAAACUGAUGACCACAGUGACACAGAUAGUGAAGAAAAUAGAGAUAAUCAACAGUUUCUAGCACCUGUAAAGCUUGCAAAUGCCAAGCAGAUGACAGAAGAUGGUCAGGCCAGAAGCCAUCCUGUGGAAGACUCUGUAGGCUGUUGUCAGCAGGAGGAAAUAGAUGUGGUACCAGAGAGUCCAUUGUCAGAUGUUGGCUCUGAGGACAUUGGAAAUGAACUAAAAAAUGACAGCAAGUUAAGUAGACAAGAAAACAGCAUAGCAAAUUCUCCUGCUUUUGAGAAGGAAAGUGAACCCGAGUCACCUAUGGAUGUAGAUAAUUCCAAAAACAGUUGUCAAGACUCAGAAGCAGAUGAAGAGGCAAGUCCAGGUUUUGAUGAGCAAGAAGAUGGUAGUUCCUUCCAAAUAACAAAUAAACAUUCAAGGUGCCAAGCAAGAGAAGCUGACAUUGAACUUAGAAAACGGUUCUCUACUAAAGGAGGUGAAAUUAAAUUGCAUUUUCAAUUUGAAGGCGGAGAAAGUCGCUCUGGGAUGAGUGACUUAAAUGUCAGGCCACCUGGAAGUACCUCUAGCCUUAAUGUAGAAUGCAGAAAUUCCAAGCAUCAUGGAAAGAAAGAUUCUAAAAUCACAGACCAUUUCAUGAGAGUACCCAAAGCAGACGAUAGAAGAAAAGAACAAUGUGAAAUCAAACAUCAAAGAGCAGAAAGGAAGAUCCCUAAAUACGUUCCACCUCACCUUUCUCCAGAUAAGAAGUGGCUUGGAACACCUAUUGAGGAGAUGAGGAAGAUGCCUCAGUGUGGGUCCCGGCUCCCUCUCUUGAGACCUUCUGCCAGUCACACAGUAACUAUUCGAGUAGAUCUUUUGCGAACAGGAGAGGUUCCCAAACCUUUUCCAACACAUUAUAAAGAUUUGUGGGAUAACAAGCAUGUUAAAAUGCCUUGUUCUGAGCAAAACUUGUACCCUGUGGAAGAUGAGAAUGGUGAGCGAACUGCAGGUAGCAGAUGGGAGCUCAUUCAGACUGCACUUCUCAACAAAUUCACUCGACCCCAAAACCUAAAGGAUGCUAUUCUGAAAUACAAUGUGGCAUAUUCCAAAAAAUGGGACUUUACAGCUUUGGUUGACUUCUGGGAUAAGGUACUUGAAGAAGCAGAAGCUCAGCAUUUAUAUCAGUCUAUUUUGCCUGAUAUGGUGAAAAUUGCGCUCUGUCUACCAAAUAUUUGCACCCAGCCAAUACCACUUCUGAAGCAGAAGAUGAAUCAUUCCAUUACAAUGUCACAGGAACAGAUUGCCAGUCUUUUAGCCAAUGCUUUUUUCUGCACAUUUCCCCGCCGAAAUGCUAAGAUGAAAUCGGAAUAUUCUAGUUACCCAGACAUUAACUUCAAUCGAUUGUUUGAAGGACGUUCAUCAAGGAAACCAGAGAAACUGAAAACACUCUUCUGCUACUUUCGAAGAGUCACUGAGAAAAAGCCUACUGGGUUGGUGACAUUUACAAGACAGAGUCUAGAAGAUUUUCCAGAAUGGGACAGAUGUGAAAAACCCCUGACACGAUUACAUGUUACUUAUGAAGGUACCAUUGAAGGACAUGGCCAAGGCAUGCUACAGUGGGACAUGAAUAGUAAUUGGUUAUUUGUUUCAGGUACUGAACAGUACAGUGAAUACACUGGGUAUGCUGAAACUUACCGAUGGGCUCGAAGCCAUGAAGAUGGGAGUGAAAGGGAUGACUGGCAGAGACGUUGCACUGAGAUUGUCGCCAUUGAUGCACUUCACUUCCGACGCUACCUCGACCAGUUUGUGCCUGAGAAAAUGAGACGUGAGCUUAACAAGGCUUACUGUGGAUUUGUCCGUCCUGGAGUUCCUUCCGAGCAUCUUUCUGCUGUGGCCACAGGAAACUGGGGAUGUGGUGCAUUUGGGGGUGAUGCCAGACUGAAAGCCUUAAUACAGAUACUGGCAGCGGCUGCAGCUGAACGAGAUGUGGUUUAUUUCACCUUUGGGGACUCAGAAUUGAUGAGAGACAUUUACAGCAUGCACACUUUCCUUACUGAGAGGAAACUGACUGUUGGAGAAGUGUAUAAGCUAUUGUUACGAUAUUACAGCGAAGAAUGCAGAAACUGUUCCACCCCAGGACCAGACACCAAGCUUUAUCCAUUCAUAUACCAUGCUGCUGAGUCAUCUGAGGAGACGGCUGACCAGGCUGGACAAAGGACAGGAGCAUGAGGAGCAAAUAAAUAGAACAGCCUUCACCUCUUGAAGACAUCCUGCUGGAGUUGUCUAGUGUCUCAUGAGCUAACUCCAGUUGAUACAAGGGUGUAUAUAACCCAUAUUUGUAAUCACGGGUGUGGUCCCUCUACACACAUGGAAUUGUCAUAUACUCCCUCCAUCCUGAUCUACUUGGGUUUAUAUAUGUGUUCUUUCUAUUUUCUUGUGUUUCAGUCUUCAUUCUUUGAUUUGAUUAAGUUCUUGUGAAACCUCAAGAAAGAUUAUGCUUAGCUGCUAUAUCUUUUCCUGUCUGUGUACUAUGCCAGUUGCUUCUGCAGCUAGUGGACACAAAGGAGCCUGGGAAGAAGGUGAAAUCCAGGAAUCUCUGUAAUGGGAUGUGCCACAAAUCUCCUUGUAGGCCUUUCACUCCCCAACUUUUGGUAGGCUUGCAUUGUUUGAAUUUUUGAAUUUUGAAAAUUAACCAUACAUGUUGCAUAACAAAAGUAUUCUAGGUUAAAACAGUCAAAGAUGAAUAAUUUUCAAGACUAGUUCCCUUGAGUCAUUAACUUUGUCCACUUUAAUUGACAUUGUUUUGGAAGCUGACCAAGAUAAAAUGAAAUGAAGAACAAAAAGUUUUCCUCAUAUGCUAUAAAGAAAAUAGAUUUCAGAGAAUUGAGGGUUUGUUUUUGUUGUUUUCUUGAGAUUUUCUUCUUUUUAAAUUAGGGUCAAUGUUGUACUGUGGUGCUUGAGGCAUAUUUCUAUAACCAAAGUUUGGCAACUGGAAACUUCAUACUGAUUUGUACAUAUUAAAGUUUCUGUGCUAUUCAGAAGUUA